CACAGAAGGCUGUCACCGAGCCGGUGCCCGAGGAUGUGGCUGUACCUGGCGGCGGUGCUGGCGGGGCUGUACCUGCUGCGGCGCUGGCACCGGGAGCGGCAGACGGUGCCGGGGCUCCCGGAGAAGUACGUGCUGAUCACGGGCUGCGACAGCGGCUUUGGCAACCUGCUGGCGCGGCAGCUGGAGGCCCGGGGGCUGCGGGUGCUGGCCGCCUGCCUGACCGAGGCCGGGGCCGCGCGCCUGCGGGCGGCCGCCUCGCCGCGGCUGCAGACCGUCCUGCUGGACGUCACCUCCAGCCAGAGCGUCGCCGCCGCCGCCGCCUGGGUCCGGGAGCGAGUGGGCGACCGAGGUCUCUGGGGGCUGGUGAACAACGCGGGGAUCGCCAUUCCCACCGCCCCCAACGAGUGGCUGACCAAGGAUGACUUUGUCAAAGUGCUGGACGUCAACCUGGUGGGGCUCAUCGAGGUGACGCUGAGCCUCCUGCCCCUCAUACGGCGGGCGCGGGGCCGGGUGGUCAACGUGGCCAGCGUGAUGGGCCGGCUCGCUUCCUUCGGGGGAGGCUACUGCAUCUCCAAGUUUGGCGUGGAGGCCUUCUCCGACACCCUCCGGCGCGAGAUGCGACCCUUCGGGGUGCGGGUCUCCAUCAUCGAACCCGGCGGCUUCCGGACGGCGAUGACCGACCCCGUGACGCUGGUGAAGGGCUUCGAGCGCCUCUGGGAAGGGCUCCCGGCAGAGACCCGGGCAGCCUACGGCCGCCGUUACCUGGAGACCUACGCCAAGAGCUCGGUGCUGCUGUACCGGCUGAGCAGCCCCCGUCUCUCCCCGGUCACCGGAGCCGCGCAGCACGCGUUGCUGGCCCGUUCCCCCCACAGCCGGUACGCGGCGGGCUGGGACGCCCGGUUCCUCUUCCUGCCCCUCAGCUACUGCCCGGCCUGGCUCAGCGACGCCGUUAUCGGGCUCUUUCUGCCCGUCCCGACCCGGGGUACGCCCGCGCACCCCUGAGGAUGAACGCACCGCCCCGGGGACGCGACCACGGG